AUGGCGAUGGAGACAGCGAGAGACUGCAGGGACUGUGAGUGCUUGAUCGACCCCGAAUCCUCCCAUGAGGCACCGGCUUCAACGACACGGGCCCUGGGAGGGCGGGGGGCAAGGUUGGGUUGGCGCAUCUUGGUUCUUUCCACGGCCCUCCUCGUGAUUGCGGGCGUCGUGCUGGCGGCCAUGAGCUUGAAGCAUGAGGGUUCCCUGACCACGACCGCUACCAUGCUGAUCAUUGAUGAGGCAACGAAGUGGACCAAAUUCGGCACUAGUGCCGAUGGCCGCCCCAUCUACAAAGGGCCUCGCACUCUUUGGCUCUACUACGACAAGGAAUGCAAUGGAGCACAUGGAGGCGAGGACGACCGGUGGGGAGCGUUCUAUAUCGACUCAGACAAGCCCGAUUUAUCCUCCAAGGAGAGUUUGACGCAAGAUUGCGGCAGUAACGCCUUCGUCAUUUAUGGAUCCUCUGGUCCGACAGACCGCAGCAAGCCUUGGAUGCAUGGCAAGGCCGGCGCCUUGCCCGGGGAGAGCGUUAAGUGGAAGGUCUGGUGCGGUUCACACGAUGGAAACACAGUGCAGCGCCUCCACCUGGCGGGAGCCCUAGCUGUGACGAAGCCUCUCAUAGCCAAGGGGUCUUGGCAGUAUCUUCAUACCGUUGCCAAGGGCACGACCCAGACGGAGACCUACGGUGUGGACAAACAAGACUCCAAUGGAGGUGGCUGGGAUCUUGGUAGUGAGGUUUCCGCCGCAGCCAAGGCAAAGGUGGGGGUGUCCUUCCUCGCUGGAGGCGAGGUUGACACGAGCAUGACCGUCAGAGGAGCCUUGCAGAGCUCUUGGGACGCGGCGACACAGAAAGGCCACAAGGUGAAGACCAGGCAAACAUUCACGCAAGAUGGGGUCUUGUGGCAGUGGGUGUUCAAGGUGUCCCAAGGCGAUUAUGGAGGCGUUCUUCCAGCGAGUGACUUUGCAAUCACAGACAAUCGAGCUCAACCGCCUCUUUGCUACCCAGGCUACAGCAUUGAUGACCCGAUCAUGAACUACCAGAAGUGCGUCACCGGGGCGGAGUUGAAGUGA